UGAACAUAAUUGUGUAGAGAUAUGUAAAUAGAUUAUUACUGUAACAAUGACAGUUCUGCGUAAGAUCACGCUAGUUUGUUUAUACCGACAGAAUUUAAAUGGUUUUGUGUAUCUCUGGAUAUCUUGCGCGAUAGCUUGUUUUGCAAGAAAGUUAGGCAUUCUUAAGAUUAGUUAACUAGGCGUAAAGAUUUUUGAAAUUGUUAGAUGUAUUUCUUGACAUUUAAAAAUGAGGACCUUCAAACUUUUAGUCCACGGAAAAAAUUUUAGUGAAGAAAGUUUACUGAUCAGCUCGAAAGAUUAUCCAUUUCUUGCAGUAAAUGACAUUGUAGAGAUAACCUCUAAUGAAGAUGACUGCAGCAAUACUGUCUUGCUGCAGGUUACUUCCUUCAGUAAUGAAAUGUCACAAAAAGGUUGCAUAAGUAUUGAUCAAUCAAUAGCUAAUAAAUUUCAGUUGAAACAAUACAUGGAGGUUAUUGUGAAAGUAAUUGAAAAUCUAAGAGAUGUAUCACUUGACUCUGUGGAGCUUACUUUUAAAGACCAGUACCUUGCUAGAAGUGAUAUGUGGAGGCUGAAGAACCAUUUGAUUAACACAUGCUUAUAUGCUGAGAAGAAAUUGGAUUAUUUUGGAAUCAGAUGUCAAGUGUUAGAAAUGUAUAUGCAAGGAGAAAAAGUUGCAUCUGGUAUGGUGACAGCUGACACAAAAAUAGUUUAUCGUUCUGCAAGCAGUAUGGUUUAUUUAUUUUUGCAAAUGAGCUCUGAAAUGUGGGAUUAUGAUAUAAAUGGUGAUCUCUACUUUGAAAAGGCUAUUGAUGGAUUCUUGCCUGAUUUGUUUUCAAAAUGGAAGAAAUUGCAUUGUAAUCAUGAUGUGACAAUAGUACUUUUUUCAAGAACAUUUUACUCUGCUGAUAAUAUUGAAGAAUUUCCGGAGGAUAUGCGAGAAUGUUUGCAACAAGAUUAUAAAGGCAGAUUUUUUGAAGAUUUUUACAGGGUUGCAGUUCAAAAUGAAAGAUAUGAUGAUUGGACUCCUACUAUAGUAUUAUUAAAAAAACUUAUUAAUCAAUAUCAAGAUACUGUAUUGAAACAUCAUGAAAAACCAGGUGUUAAAGUUCCAAAAGCAAGGAAUUCACAAGCAUCACAAGGAAACUUUUUGGAAGUUCUUAAUAUGUCCUUAAAUGUAUUUGAAAAACAUUAUAUGGACCGAAGCUUCGAUAGAACAGGCCAACUGUCUGUUGUCAUCACCCCUGGUGUUGGUUACUUUGAAGUAGACAGGGAGUUAACAAUUAUUACUAAACAAAGGAUUAUUGAUAAUGGAAUUGGAAGCGAUUUAGUUUGCUUAGGUGAACAACCAUUACAUGCUGUUCCUUUAUUUAAAUUCCAUAAUAAGCAAUUACCUCAAAGCACGCCAUCUGUUGCUGAUGAUUAUAAUAUGCCUCACUGGAUUAAUUUGAGUUUCUAUUCUAUGCAAAGUCAAAGUAUAUAUAAUGAUUUUGUACCAAGAAUAAAACUGCCAACUUACUAUCCCGAAGAAAGUGAUGAAAAAGAAACAGGAUCUUCUCAGUCCAAGAGGUCUCGACAUGCAAGCCAGCCUGAUCCAUCAUUUCCUGUUUUAUUUGACUAUGAUGAAUAUGAUCGCAAUGUCUUUAAUGUUCCUACUCAUUCUAACACUAUGCGGCAAACUAUGAGCUUGCAACGGCCUAGGAAAAGGAAGGAUACUCCUCCUACUUCUUAUGUGAUGAAUCUCCCCCAGAAUCACAGCGCAGAAGAGAUUAGUCGCUUAACUUCAUCCGAACCUGUACCGAUCUUUCAAUAUUCUCAGUCUCAUGCAUCUUCUGCUGCCAUUGCCAUUCCACAUUCUACCCAGCAUUACAGUACCAUUCCUUCUUCAUAUCAAAGCUCACUUGAAGCUGAAAAUGUUCCUAGUGGCCAUUAUACUAGAGAAUACUUUGAGUCAGAAGUGAGCCCUCCCAGUCGAGUAGUUAUUGGUAGUGAUCCAUCAUCUGAAUCAACUGUUAAUAAACAAGAAUUGACUCAAAGAUUGAAAGCCUUAGUUAAUCCAUUCAACCCUUCACAGAUCACUAUAAAACUGACUUCUAAUCGAAGACGAUGGACUCAUGUUUUUCCUUUGGGUCCUACGGGAAUAUUUAUGCAGCAACAUCAUUAUCAGGCUAUUCCUCAAAUCAGUGCUGCAACUUUGAUUUCUGUAGACAAAUCUUUUAAUAAUUACGAUUGUCCUUUUCAACGAAGCUCUCUUUUUAGUUAUGAUUUUGAUGGUUUAGACCAUAAAUCAAACACCUUAAGUCGAAGAGAAAUCCAUUCAUCUUCAAGUAACAUGAGUUCGAAUUUAGGAGAUGUACGAUCACCCAAUUCUGCCAGUAGAAUGUCAUCUUCUCUUCAGCCUAGUGACAACAUGUCAAUGUUAUGGGGAAUAAGUGUUGAGCAAGAGUGGACACCUGCUGUUACUACAGGUGUGGAUUGGAAAUCACUUGUCAUUCCAGCCUGUUUGCCCAUUACAACCGAUUAUUUUCCCGAUAGAAGGAGUUUACAAAUAGAUUAUGUGAUAUCAGAUUAUAAUCUACUUCCUGAAGAUAUUAUUGCCGAAAAUGCAGUUCCUAGAUAUUUUCAAAAUGAUGAAGAUGCUGUCCGGCAUCCAUUGACAACAUCAGAAGUUUAUAAAGAGCUUAUCUGCCAAAGAUUACAGCAGGGCUUUCAAAUAAUUGUAUUAUCAAAACUUUCCUCGUAUCCUGUCUCACAAGUAAGCUCAAGUCCUCAAUACUCAUCAGCAAUAUUUAAAGGGCCUACAAGUAUUGAACAGGAGGAAUAUUUGUUAAGUAUUGGAAGAAUAUUUCAUAGAUUAAAUCUUGAUGGACCUAGGAUCACUGUUACUCAGUAUAGGCCACGGCAUCCACAUAGAGAAAUAAAAAUCCAUUAUUGCUAUCGUUUCCAUGCUCCUGACAGUGAUACUUAUGGUGUAUCUUGGGUAGAUUUUACUAGUGAGCGCCUAGAAAACUACAAUUGGAAUUAUUUAGACCAUUAUAUUUGCAUGCGAGGUGAAGGAGAAUUUGAGUUAAAAGAGUCAUUAAAAUAUUGGAGGUUGCGAAUGUUGCUCUUGCCUGCUGGCCAGCCUGAAACACGUAAAAUAAUUGAAGGAAGUGAAAGAUGUGAUCUUUACCAUGAGUUUUCAGAGGAUGAUAAAACUCAACAAAAAGUUGGUGUUCUGAAAUUUUUGGAAGUUAUGAAUAAAAUCAAACGUGCAUCAUCGAAGAAGCCAAAAAUUAAGUUCCCAUCAAUGCUUCCACCACGUCGAUCAAGUAUAGGACACGCAAGCCUUGGUGUAUCAUCUGUUUCAUCUUUGAGAGACAGGGUCGGAAGUAACCGAGUACAUGAUCGCCCUAGAAUGCGCAGUAAUUCAGCAAGAAUGGGAGCUCGUCCAGAGCCUGUGUUACCCACUGGCCGAGUAUCGCCUGCUACAGAAGCUGAUGGAAGGAUUACCAUACCAAAGCCUGAAAGUUCACUAACUAGUUCUAACGAGACUUUUGAUGAUUUCCCAACAGAUGUUAAAAAGCUAAGUGAAAGUUCAUCUGAUAAAGAAAUUAUUGAAGCCAUGAAGAAUUCACAAGAUGGACUUAACUUUAUAUCAAAAGUUGGCUGGCCAGCUUAUACAUUUAUAAGUGCAGAAGCUGUUUCUUGGUUAAUAGAGCACAUUGAAGGACUUUUAGUAGAACAACAAGCUAUAAAAAUUCUUCAGAAUCUCCUGGAUAAAGAUCUGAUUUGUCAUGUAUCAAGGACAAAAUCUCACUCUUUUAUUUAUGGUUUUUAUUUAUACUACAUAGGGUCAGCAAAUGAUCAGGAUGUAAAAGCUUGGGAUAAGGAUGAGUUGAGUGAGAAAGACGCUAUCUAUUUAUUUGAACGAGAAUGGAUGGAAGUGGAGCUGAGUCCUUCUUUUUCGGAGCUGCCCACUGUGGAGAGCUAUAAUUUUCCAUCAGAUGAAGACAUCUGGAGUACUCCUUAUUUAUCAACAAAUAAAUUGAAGUUCAAGUCAUGCAAUAUACAGAUUGAUCAGGGUACUAAGAGUGGCCGGCAAGAAUGGGGUCAAUUGCGUUAUAUGAACAUAUACAGACCAUAUGAAACUUUUGAACUUGUUGUAGAAUGGAUGGUUGCCACUGGAAACAAAGCAGCUGAACUAGUCCAGAGCUGGGCUAGGAAGUCCAAUCAAUAUAGUUUGCAGUUGGUGCCAAUUCCUAGUGAUCCAUUUGCAUUGCCAUUUUCUAACGAUUCUGAUCCAUUACGUGGUCCUAUUUUCAUACCCCUCGAUUUGUCUUGUCUGAUGGAAACUUCUGUUCAAGCUUUUGAUGAGGAAGGACUUUUAAAGCUCCAAGAAAAGAUACUUUGCAAAUUUGGUUUCAUUCCUUAUAGAAAUCCUGAUGCUUCUGCUCCUCCACAGUACGUUCAUGUUAGCGGAAGUAUGUUUAUUAUGUUGCCUGUUCGCCCUAAAGAAAGCAAAAAAAUUAAUGGAAAACACCUCGCAGCAAAGCCAUUGGAUUUGCAUCAAAUAAGCAGCCCUCAUGAUGAAUACAUCACCAGGCAUUUCAGUGGUGUCAAGAAUAAGCGCCUUUCCCUUUUGAAUGCAGAAACUGAUACAAAGAUUGGCUUUUUGUGGUCUUGGAAUUAUAUGAUAACAAAGAGGUGGAAAAAUGCUGGAACUGUCGAUGAGAACUUUAUGCGCAAAGUGAUGCGAGAUUUCCGAAGCUUCUGUUUGAAUCAAAAUUCCCGCCUUGAAGACUUUUGGAAAUAUUCUGACAUGUCUGAAUUUUCUCAAGAUCAUUCCAUUGUUAUGGAUUUAGAAUCUUGAAUUUGAUUUUUAGAAUAUUUUUAAGUGAUUUUUGAGGUGCCAUUGUUUGUUUCAGAAGAUUUAUAUUAAGAAGCAUGUUUUUAUUUUGUGAUACUGUACAGUUUUAAUGAGAUUUAAAGUGAUAUAUUUAAUCAAUUUAUAAUAAUGUAUAUAGCUAUUUUUUAUAAAUAUUGCAUGAGUAAUUUAUUUUUAGUAAUUCAAAUAAAUAUUAAAAAAAAACA